AUGUGUGAAGAAGGGUGUAACGAUAGAGUUAUCUACUCGUCUGGGAGAGAACCCUGGUUCAAUCUGAACUCAACAUGGUAUGGCCCAGCUGGAUCCUGGUUGGACAACCGCCGCAAACCAUUUCGCUAUGUUGUAAACACAGCCUGUGUCACCGGUUGCAACCGCAGGGAUGAUGUACCGAGAAGAGGAGGCCACAACUACCGAUGCUACGGCUAUCGGCGCUCCACCUGUAGACAAGGGGGAAACCCAAGAGUGACCUGCUGUGUCCACAAUCCUUCGGGAGGACCCCGUGAUUACUGGGGGCGUCCAAUAGGCGAUUCGUGCGAUGGAAAUACAGGGGGGCACUAUUCUAAUGAAGAGUCGUUCUGCUGUGGAUCCGGUGGUGGAUCUGCUGGUGGAUGUGGAGGUGGAUCUGCUGGUGGAUGUGGAGGUGGGCAAGGAGGGGCAUGUGCCCAGCCAGUUGCUUCAUCAGGAGGAUGUGGAGGAGGACGAGGAGUGUGCUCUGAGCCUGGAUGUGGAAGAGGACGAGCAGUAUGCGCAGAACCUGGAUGUGGCAGAUCUUCAAGAGGGCUGCAGACCUCUGGGGGAGCAGGGUGUGCUGGGUCUUCAGGAGGAUGUGGAGGAGGACGAGGAGUAUGUUCUGAGCCAGGAUGUGGAAGGUCUUCAAGACGGCCGCAAACCUCUGGGGGCUCAGUGUGUUCCGAGUCCAGUGUUAGAUCUUCAGGAAGAUGUGGAAGAGGAAGAGGAGUAUGUUUUGAGCCGGGAUGCGGAGGAGGAAGAGGAGUAUGUUCUGAGCCGGGAUGCCGCUCUUAG